AUGUCGUACCAUCAGGACAGUGGACACGCGCUCUACGAUCCUUGCGAUGAGAGUGGCCUUGAGGCGAUUGUCAAUGCGGACAAAAUAUCCAAUGAUCAAAAAAUUCGGAAUUUACAUCCGUCGGGGAGUUCGGACCUUCGUGCCGAAGCUCCUGUUAGGAUGACGAGGCAUGUACAGGCUGAUAGGACCGAGAAAUGGAAGGAAGGGCUGUUUUAUUGGAUAGGACGUCGUACAUUGUACACUCCCGCCGGAGCUCAAAGUCUACAACCACAACCGCCUCUGCGUGCCUUCAACUCAACCAAGCAACGUUAUCGCCAUCCCAGUCCACCCUCGGCGUCAGAGGGCUAUGUGGAGCGUGACUCCGUGACCGAGAUCCCCCGGACCGUACCUGGACCGGACUUCAGCAACUAUAGGUAUAGGACAAUAAGAGCUCGCUUCUGGAAUGCAUCUGCUGCCAAAAGAGGUAGGCUGUACAGAGCCGUGUCCUACUCGCCGCCCUCGCCGCCUGAUGAUAAUCGUAUCAUUUAUUUGGGUUCGCCAACCCGAAAAUACGGCUCACGAGGACAGGGUCCAGAAGACGGUUAG